CGAUUAAGCAGCAGUAAUCAACUAAAAAUGUCGCCAAUCUCGGACUUUCGCAAGAAGAAGCUGCUGUAUGUGUUCAAUGUAUUCUUCGAUGUCAACCAGAGUGGAGAAAUCGACCGUAAAGAUUUCGAAUUAGCUAUCCAGAAAAUCUGUGAACUUCGCGGCUGGCCGGCUGGUAAUCCAAAGAAUGUAGAAACGCACGAUAGUAUGUUCAAGAUCUGGGAAGGCUUGCGCUCCAAGGCGGAUAAAGAUAACGAUGGUCAGGUGUCUGUUGAUGAGUGGUGCAACAUGUGGGAUGCCUAUGCUAAGGACCCAAGUACUGUUAUGGACUGGCAACUGAGAUACAUGAAUUUCAUGUUUGACCUCGAAGAUGCCUCACACGACGGAACAAUCGACGGUGAUGAAUUUUCGAUUGUAUGCUCUAGCUACGGUGUGGAUAAAAACGAGUGUCAGGAAGCGUUCAAGAAGAUGUCAAAGGGUGCAGUGGAAGUAAACCGUGAGCAGUUUGCUGAGCUAUGGCGUGAAUACUUUUCAUCGGAUGAUCCAACCUCCCCCGGUAACUUCAUUUUUGGCAAAACAUCUUUUUAACGGAUUCAUAGCCUUUGAAUGUG